AUGUUGCUCUUCUGCCCUCAGUGUAGCAAUAUCUUGACUGUCUCACCCUCGCCAGAGAACGGCCGCAACCGGCUGGAGUGUCGAACAUGUCCCUACCAGCACGCUAUCGAGGAACCCAUGUACUCGCGACGGUAUUUCAAGAAGAAGGAGCGUGAGGAUGUCUUUGGUGGCCCCGAGGCCUGGGCAAACGCCGAUAAGACCACUGUGCAGUGCCCUAACGGGUCGUGCGAAGGGAAAGAGGCUGCUUUCUACCAGGUUCAGAUCCGCAGUGCUGAUGAGCCCAUGACCAGUUUCUUCAAGUGCAUGACUUGUGGACACCGCUGGAGAGAGAACUAA